AUGGAGCCUCCACGGGGCCCGAGGAAGCCUCUGUCCUGGAGGAGAGCCAAGUCUCUGGACAGGCUACAGAACGCCCAGAAGGAUUCAGAGUCGUGGGACUGCCAGGGCCCUUCCCCGCCCACUGGCCCCUUCAGGGAAGGUCUUUGUCGGGCGGCCAGUGAUGGGACCAGAUGUCUCAAGAGUCCAGUUCAGUCUGCGGAGGUUCAGGACACCACGGCUGCUGCCCCCAGCCCAGAGGAGACCAAGGACCUUCUCAGCGAGCAGAGGCCUCUGCAGGAUGCCAAGAAGGACAAGGCCCAGUGGCAGGCCCCGCAGGGGUGGCUGAGGUUUGUGGUGAACUUAUUCUUCAGGACAGGCCCUGAGGAGCCCAAGGAAAAGACCAACAAGAAGGCAAAGGGGAAGGAGGGGUCCCCCGAGCCCGCAGAAACCCCCGAGAGCCCGGGCGAGCCAGCUCCCAGGAAGAAGCCCCACAGCAAGAAGGCCAGCCGCAAGAAACACAGUCAAAGGAAACACGGCGCGGAGGAGGCCAAAGGGGCCCGAGAUCAGGAGGCCGAAGGCCAAGAGGCCAAGGCGGCUGAGGCCUCACGUGGUGAGGGGGCUGACCUGGGCCCAGGAGCCAGGGGUGGAGAAGACUCUGAUCUCCACCAGUUCUUGCUCCCUGAAGGUGGGGGUACUGGAGUCUGGAAAGUUUCUUUCCAAGCCAUAGGUCAUCAGCAGGAAGAGCAGCUCAGAAAGCUCGAUAUUGCUAAGAUAGUGCAGCUGCUCCAAAAAGUGGGCGACCAGUGGGAGGAAGAGCAGCAUCAAGCCCUUCAUCCUGUGGUGACCCGACGAAACGCAGGACCGGCUGUCAAGAAGAAAUCCCAAGAGAAAAUGUCUAGCCUCAAGAGAGCCUUUUCUUUUAAGAAAUACGGCUCCGAGGAACCCAAGAGAGCAGGGACCGCCCCUGUUUCCAGCCCAGAGUCCCGGCCGCCCAGAAGGCCCAACUUUCUGCCCCUGUGUGUGGGCGGCCAUCGGCCCUCCAGCUCCAGCCUCCCCGGUGUGGAAGAACCUGAAGUCCAAGAGGCUCCACCUACAGAUGGAGGAGAGCCAAGUCCCUUUGAGCUUUGCACCCCAGCAGAAAGUGGGGGAGCCGACGAGGACCUGCAGCAGGACAGAGCCGCAGAGUUCAAAGAAUUCAUCCAGAAGAUCAUUGCCCUACUCCAAGAUGCAGAAGAGCAGUGCGGAGACAAGCAACUUCAAGUCCAGGAGCCAGAGGUGGCUGUAGAAAACUUGGCCCCAGCCUGCAGGAAGAAAAGCCAAGAGAGAAAGUCCAACUUCAGAAAAGCCUUCUAUAAAAAACACAGCUCCAAAGACCCCAAGAGGGUGGGGGCUGCAGGUGCUGCCAGCCCAGACUCCCGGCCACCCAGGAAGCCCAGCUUUCUGCCCCUGUGCGUCGGUGGCCAUUGGCCCUCUGUCUCCAUCAACUCUGAUCUGGAGGAUCUCGAAUUCCAGGGGUCCCCAUCCACAGAAGGGGAGCCAGUUGGAGCCCCAGAAGCACCCUCCCAGGCCAGAAGCCACAAGCCAGAAGGGGGACCUCAGCUGGACGGAGCGAAUGAAUCCAAGGAGCUGAUCAUCCAAGAGCUGGUGGCCCUUCUCCAAAAAGUGGAUGGCCAGUUGGGAGAGCAGAUCAAGCGACACCCCAGUUUUAAGAAAUUUUUCUACAAGCCCUCAGUCUCUUCCCUCAGAAAGCUGGCAGCCACGCUGCGCAGCCAAGCGGCCCACGCCACCGAGCCCCAGAAAACCUACCCAUUCGUCUUUGGCUUGGGAAACCAAUGUGCUGGCAACAAUUACCACACCGUCCUCACAGGCCUACACUACAGGACACCCAGUUAUGGCCAGUUCCCGUUCGAGGAGGCCCAGCAGAACAUCACAAGUUCUCAGAUCCAGAGUCCAGAUUGA